CCCGGACCCGGUCCACUGGUUCACUUUUUUCGGUACUCUUUGAGCAAAAUGCAAAGCGAGCCACUCAAGCUUGGAAGGCGGUGUGUGUGUGCAAGGCAGCCGGUCACAGGACUCCAGGACUGCAGCGGUGCUCACAGGGAUCAGACCUGAGUGAGGACACUUGGAGGCUUUAAGGGGGGACUUCUGCUGUCUUUUCAGGACGGGAUUUAACGUCGAAAGUUGGGAAUUUAUAGUGUCUGUGAGCAAAACCUCCUAUCAUAGUUCGGGCGAAUCCUAGCCGGCUUUUCACCCAGCUGGACCCCAGGGGAGUGACGCGUCUCUGUGCGCCAGAAUGCGGGGUGCAGGACUCCCAAGGUCGGUCACCGUCAUUGUGACUCUCCUCCUAGUCACCAUGGACGUGAAGGCAAGCGGGGAGUACUGCCACGGCUGGCAGGACGCUCAGGGAGUGUGGAAGGAAGGCUUCCAGUGCCCGGAGAAGAUAGACGGGGUGGACGCUAUCAUUUGCUGCGGGAAGUGUGAGCUGCGCUACUGCUGCUCGAGCACGGACGCACGGCUGGACCAGGGCAGCUGCGACAACGACAGGCAGGCCCUGGAACCUGGGACCGAGAGCAAGGAGACCAAGGACUCUGGUGCAGUGCCCAUUUACGUGCCCUUCCUUAUCGUGGGCUCCGUCUUCGUGGCCUUCAUCCUGGUGGGCUCCGUGGUGGCCAUGUGCUGCUGCCGCUGCCUCCGACCCAAGCAGGAGUUGGCGUCCGUGAGCGGCGCCUCGGGGGGUGCAGCCGGCGGGGGCCGCCUCCUGGAGACCAUCCCCAUGAUGUCUAACACCUCCAGGGGCUCGUCGUCCCGUCAGUCCAGCACCGCCACAUCGUCCAGCUCCUCCGCCCCCGCCGGCAACCCCCGCCCCGGACCUCCUCUGGUGCGGGCCCAGGCCUCAUGCUGCUUGCCGCCCGAUGCCAGCGUCUUCGUCAACAUGCCCACCAACUUCUCUGUACUCAACUGCCAGCAGGCCACGCAGAUCAUGCCCCACCAGGGACAAUUCCUGCACCCACAGUACAUCGGGUACGCCCACCCCGUGUCCCCGGCUCCCACCUUCAUAGACCCCACGCAAGGCGGGUACAGGCCCCUCCAGUCCCCUUGCCCUCCUCAAGCUGGAGGCUCCAGUGUUGCCAGUGAGCAGAAAUACCCUCCAGUGACUGUGUGAUGGGCAGCGAGGCAGCCUGAGACCUUUUUGUGGACAAAUGUGGCAUCUGUUAGAUGUCAUGUUGCAAGGGUGCUGAAUUAAGAAAAUACUUGCAAGUAUGAAAGUUUGAACAAUGACUGGAUGAUUCAUAGCCGUAAGCACAUGCUGCGCUUACAGGCGAUGUGCACAUAUGCACUCGAGAACAUUUGUGUGGUGAAAGUGUGUAUGUGUGUGUUUGUGUGUGUGUGUGUGUGUGUGUGUGUGUGUGAGAGAGAGGUGAAGUGUUAAGUGCGUUAAGGGGAUGUGGUCCAGUGAGUGAUGGCAAACGCAGGUGGCGCCAUGUUGAAAUCUCCCUGCAGACUAUUUAAACUCUAAUGAAGUGAGCACAGGACAUGGUCUGUGACACUCCGCCUACUAGCCCCCGCUGCUGCCACCCACAAAAAAAAACAUACAGUAGAGAGUCUCACACUCACACACACACAGACAGAAGGCCAAAUAUGUCAUCACAGAGGAACACUCCUGGUGGUUUGAAAAAAAAAAUGGUGUCCAGUGUCACAUCCACACGGAAACGGAUCACUUGGUGACCUACACGUGACACACCAAAACCAUCAAAGAAGAAAGAACACAUGCGCACACGGUCCCCCAUCUUCUGCUUGUCUAGACUAACGCUGAAGAGGAAUUACUUCUGGGAGUCACGUUGGAGUAUAAGACAUCAAAUAUCUGGAAAAUGUUGUGUCAUGCCAGUGGACAGUCAGACAUUAUGUUAGCUUUUUGACAGCAGUACACAACUGCACAUUUCUGGUCACGUGACGGUGACAUCAUCGAUUUCAGAAGUAGGAGUCAGACUUUCCCACUCUGGACACCGUUUUCAAAACAGACCGUUCAGGCACCCAGAGCGCCGCUGCCGUGUGGAUGAAAGAUUACGGACAGAACGGAAACACCGCCCACUGCCUACUUCUCACCCCUCCUGGGAGGACGGGGUGGCGGGGUUGGGGGGUGUUACUGUAUUUAAUACUUGCACAGUUGAGUGCUGACAGACGAGCAGCCCCCGUCACCAUUUCCUUCAAAAUAAAAGCAUAUACAGAAGAGAAUGUUAAAUGGAUGCAGGAGUGAUAAAAAUAAAAAAAUAAAAAUUUCAAGGCAGCUUCAGUUUCUUAUUUUCAUAAGCAUAAAAGCUGCAUAUAAUAGUAUUUGUAUUUGAAUAUUCUCAUUCAUCCAGGUCAUUGAAUCCAUCGCAAGUGAACUGUUCAGGUCCAGGUUCAGUUUCAAGUGUCAGAGGUGCCACAAUAGUGUACUGCAACUGUGUUGCAUUGAUGCUGGAAUUUUGACUGUUUAAAAGUACUUCUGGUCAGCCCUGCUAGAACACUCCCUUUUGUGCGUGUGUAGCUUUAAUGAGCUGAUUUUGUCCAAUAGUGUGUCUCUCCAAGAAGCGCUAUUGUGCACGUUGUCCAUAUUUUACAUGUACACUCUAACACGUGUCCAACGGAGUAGAGACAAACGUAACAUAACUAUGUGAGCUACUGUGAGCUACAGUGUUAACAUUACACAUUUAGCGGCAACAUCAUGCUAGUUUAGCUAUUCACUGACGAAAAACUAAAUACAGGAAUCCCUCGUUUAUUGUGGUUAAUUGGUUCCAGACUUGACUGCGAUAUUUAGCGUAGUUUUGGCAUAGGAAACAUGUUUACGAUCUUCUGAAUGCGUUGUAUGACGUUAUUAAAGCUAUGUAGACAUGAAAUAACACCCCUAUAGUCCCCUUUACAUUUGUAUUACCCAAUAUCAUGUAUAUGAUCAGAAAAUAAGCCAUUUUACGUGGUCGGGAGGCAGAAUCGGUGGCGGACAGUAAGUGACGUAGGGGGUUCAGAGUUGGGUUUUAGCUUGUUGUGGACUAUGGCCGCAACAGUAACCCGGGUUAUGAUGCGAUUUUGAUUAUUAUUGUGCCUGUUGUGAGAUCAUUAAACCUGCAAUAAA